ACCAGAAGAAGGAGAAGAAGAAGAAGCAGCAUCGCCGUCUUUAACCCUAAACAUCCACAGUUUUUCCUCCAGAGAGACUCCGGGAGAAACAUGGAGAGGAAAAGGUGGGAGUGCUCGGCUCUCCCAAAUGGUUGGAAAAGGGAAGAAGUGACCAGAAAGUCGGGCUUGUCCGCGGGGAAAAGCGAUGUCUAUUAUUUUAGUCCAACAGGGAAGAAGUUUCGGAGUAAACCACAGCUGGUCCGAUAUCUGGGAAACUCCAUGGACCUCAGCUCCUUUGAUUUCCGCACGGGGAAGAUGCUGAUGAGCAAACUGAACAAGAACCGGCAGCAGAUGCGCUAUGAUCACAGUCAGAACAAGGGUAAACCGGAUCUGAACACGUCACUGCCGGUCCGACAGACAGCAUCCAUCUUCAAACAGCCCGUCACUAAGGUCACAAAUCACCCUAGCAACAAGGUUAAGACGGACCCUCAGAAAGCUGUCGAGCAGCCCAGACAGCUGUUCUGGGAGAAGAAGCUGAGCGGACUCAACACGUAUGAUAUCGCAGAGGAGCUGGUGAAGACCAUGGAUCUUCCUAAAGGACUGCAAGGUGUGGGUCCGGGUUACACAGAUACGACGCUGCUCUCGGCUCUAGCGAGCGCUCUGCACACCAGCUCGGCUCCCAUCACCGGUCAGCUGUCGUCCGCGGUGGAGAAGAACCCCGGGGUCUGGCUCAACACCACACAGCCUCUGUGCAAAGCCUUCAUGGUGACGGACGAAGACAUCAGGAAGCAGGAGGAUCUGGUGUACAGCGUGAGGAAGAGGCUGGAGGAAGCGCUCAUGGCAGACAUGCUCGCACACAUCGAGGAAGCUGCCAUCGAGGCCAAAUCUCUGAAGGAAGAGUCCAACGACGAGGAAAUGGAGUCUGUAUAGCUGAAAGCGUCCGGACGACAGUAUUUCCUCCCGAACCCAAAGACGCACUCAGACUCGAGCUGAUUCUUUCUUCUCCAACUCAACUGUGAACAUUUGUUUGACCCAGAACAUUUCAAACAGUUUUAUUUUUCUAUCUUGAACUCGUUUGAACUGGAUUUGCUCUAUUUUUGUACUGUAUGAGCUUAAAGUGUGGGCUUGUGCUCCGUCAGGUUUGGGUUUCUGGCUUUAUUCAGACAUCGUAAGCUAGUUUCAAAUCAUGAUUUCCACACAAAUUAGUUUUUUUUUGUUUUGUUUUUUUCAUACAAUCAAAAUGGCAUGUUUUUAUGACUGAUUCUGGAAAUAAUGUGCUAGUAGUACAUACUGGUUACAAAUACGGUGCUCAAUUCUUUCUUGUACUUCUAUAUUUUAGCUUUCGUUACAGUAGACAUGACAUAAGCUCUUACGUUGGUGCUUCGGUUUUUUGUAUUCAUGAAUUUGUCAAUGCAUAGCUGAUAUCAUUGAAUAUGUUUUAGUUGCACCAGAUUGGAUCAAGCUGUGUGUAUUUGUCAUCAUUCACUGAUGCAGCGUGGUUUAUUGUUAUGGACUGAAUGGGUACAGUACAGAGAUCUACACGAUGCAUCAGUGUUUGCUCUUGUUUUUCACUUACACUAACACUUCACACACCCCUGAUCGAAUUUAAUAGAGGAUUGACUCAUACCCUGAUGUUUUGUUCUUCACAAAUGAUUGCAUUGUACACUCAUAUUUGAAAUAUGCAGGAGAGGUGUUUUUUAUUUUUUUCUGUACGGUGCCCUUUAUCUGGAAAAAAUGUUUUUUUGGAAAUAUGAACCUUGUAGCUAAAGGACACGUCAUUUUGUAAACUUGGGAAAUAAAAAUCAACACAUUUUGGCA